AUGGAGCUGCGGACCCUGCGUGCUGUGUGCAGUUUAGAAUUUUACAUUGCAUCGACACUGCUCGGGAGCUUGGGGAGAGCAGAGGCCCAAGGGGCUCCCAGGAAGAGCAAAAUCUUGGAGGAUGAUUCGUCAUUGCAGGAAAACGCGGGUCUGCUUGCUCAGAAUGAAUAUGAAGAAGACAGCUCGGAUGAAGAGGACAUUCGCAACACAGUGGGCAACAUCCCCAUGGAGUGGUACCAGGACUUCCCGCACAUCGGCUACAACCUGGAGGGCAAGAGGAUCUAUAAGCCCAUCCGGAACAAGGACGAGCUAGACAUGUUCCUGGAGAAGAUGGAGAACCCCGACUACUGGCGAACGGUCCAGGACAAGAUGACGGGUGCAGACAUAAAGCUGACAGACGAGCAGGUGGACCUGGUGCAUCGGCUCCAGAAAGGGCAGUUUGGGGAUGUCCACUUCAAUCCCUACGAGCCAGCCGUUGACUUCUUCACCCACGAGGUCAUGAUCCACCCGGUGACAAAUCGCCCGGCGGACAAGCGGAGCUUCAUCCCCUCCCUCAUCGAGAAGGAGAAGGUCUCCAAGCUAGUCCACGCCAUCAAGAUGGGCUGGAUCAAGCCCCGUAAGCCCAAGGACGACACACCUACAUACUACGACCUCUGGGCCCAUGAGGAUCCCAACUCCAUCCUGGGCCGCCACAAGAUGCACGUGCCAGCCCCCAAGAUGAAGCUGCCUGGGCACGAGGAGUCCUACAACCCCCCACCUGAGUACCUGCUCAGCGAGGAGGAGAAGCUGGCCUGGGAGCAGCAGGAGCCGGCCGAGCGGAAGCUGAACUUCGUGCCCCAGCAGUACCGGUGCCUGCGGGCAGUGCCUGCCUACUCCCGCUUCAUCCACGAGCGCUUCGAGCGCUGCCUGGACCUCUACCUCUGCCCACGCCAGAGGAAAAUGCGGGUCAAUGUGGACCCGGAGGACCUGAUCCCCAAGCUGCCGAAGCCGCGGGACCUGCAGCCCUUCCCAACCACCCAGGCCCUGGUCUACCGUGGGCACACCAGCCUGGUGCGUUGCCUCAGCAUCUCUCCCAGCGGGCAGUGGCUGGUGUCAGGCUCUGAUGACUGCACGGUGCGGUUCUGGGAGGUGUGCACGGCUCGCUGCAUGAAGACCCUGCCCGUGGGCGGUGUGGUGAAAAGCGUUGCCUGGAACCCCAACCCCACCAUCUGCCUGGUGGCCAUCUGCGUGGAGCAGUCGGUGCUGCUGGUGAACCCCUGCCUCGGGGACAAGCUGCUCUACGGGGCCACCGACCAGCUGCUCGAGUCCUACGUGGCGCCGGAGGAGGAGCGGGUCCAGCCUGUGCAGUGGGUGAUGGCCACCAUGGAGGAGCACAGCAAAGGCGUCCGGCUGGUCAUCCAGCACAGCAAGGCCGUGAAGCAGGUGACCUGGCACGGCAAAGGCGACUACUUCGCCAGCGUCGUCUCUGACAACAGCAACAUGCAAGUGCUGAUUCACCAGACCAGCAAACGCUGGAGUCAGAACCCCUUCCGCAAGAGCAAGGGGCUGGUGCAGUGCGUGCUCUUCCACCCCAUCCGGCCCUACUUCUUCGUGGCCACCCAGCGCUACGUCCGCGUCUACAACCUCCUCAAGCAAGAGCUCACCAAGAAGCUGAUGACGAACUGCAAGUGGGUGUCCAGCAUGGCCAUCCACCCUGGAGGUGACAACAUCAUCUGCGGCAGCUAUGACAGCAAGCUGGCCUGGUUUGACCUGGACCUUUCCACCAGACCCUACCAGCUGCUACGGCACCACAAGAAAGCGCUGCGGAGCGUGGCCUUCCACAAGCACUACCCGCUCUUCGCCUCGGGCUCGGACGAUGGGACUGUCAUCGUUUGCCACGGCAUGGUCGACAACGACCUGCUGCAGAACCCACUGCUGGUGCCCGUGAAGGUGCUGAAGGGCCACGUGCUAACAUUGGACCUGGGCGUCCUCGACGUGCUCUUCCACCCUACCCAGCCCUGGGUCUUCUCUUCUGGCGCUGACGGCACCGUCCGGCUCUACACGUAG